GUCAGUGGGUUCCUCUUUUCCAAAUAUAGGUUAUCCAAACAACCCCGCUCUCUCCCUCUCUCUGCGGGAUGUACCAUCGCAGGCAGGGACUGAACGUGAACUUGUGUGAUGGAAGCUGGAGAUAAAUACUUCAUCCCUGACCCACAUAAUGGCGAUAUAUGAGGCUCGGUAAAGCGCUCCCAGUGCAGCCGCUGCUCUCCUCUCCUCUCCUCUCCUCUCCUCGUCUCCCAUCUUCCUCCGCCUGGAUCCGACUCGCCUCUCCUUUGCUCUCCCUCUCUCCAUCUCGCUUUCCGAAGGCAGAGAGAAGGGAGGAACAGAGGGGACUUCUGUCGGGGAAAGGGCGACGGAAACGGAAAAAGUAAAGAAGAAAAAGGAAUAAUCAAGGCUUACCUGUGCUGGAUUGAACCCUGAAGGUCUCGGUGAGCUAACUCACGAGUGCUUAGGCCAUGGCGGUACCCAGUGCCAACGAGUUCCACUGGCAGAGCCUGGCCCGACUGCCUUGUGGUCGUGUCUACCACACUCUGACUGAGGUGGGGGGGCAGAUGUACAUGCUGGGUGGCUGCGAUGCUGCAGGGAGGCCAUGCCCCGGACUGGACCUGUAUUCUCCUGAGGGGGACCGGUGGAUAAGCUUGGCCCCGAUGCCCACCUCACGUGCUGGGGCUGCCGUGGCAGUGCUGGGGAAGCAGAUCCUGGUGGUAGGGGGAGUGGGAGAAGACCAGAGCCCUCUUAAGGUUGUGGAGAUGUACAACACAGAGGAAGGGAGAUGGAGGAAGAGAAGUGCCCUUCGGGAGGCACUGAUGGGUGUAUCCAUCACUGUGAAAGAUGGUCGGGCUCUGGCAGUUGGAGGAAUGGGUGCUGACCUCCUUCCUCGCAGCAUCCUGCAGCAGUAUGACCUUAGAAAGGAUGUCUGGGCGCUACUUCCUCCCAUGCCGACUCCUCGCUAUGAUGCCAACUGCCAUUUACUUGGCAAUAAGCUUUAUGUUGCGGGUGGUCGACAGUGUAAGCGACCAGUGAAAGCUUUUGAGGUGUACGACACAGAAACACGCUCCUGGACUUCCCUGCCUGUUUUGCCAUGUAAGCGCACGUAUGGGGGUGUGAUAUGGGACACCGCUGGAAGGCUCUGUCUGCUGGGAGGACUGCGGCAGGGCGGAGGACACCAAAGCUCCAAGUUCACUAAAAACGUCAAUAUUUUUGAUACAAAUCAAGGCAACUGGCUAAAGUCCGAGGAGACGGUGGCUUUGAAAACAAAGAGAGCAGACUUUGCUGCCGCCUCCUUGCGCGGCAGGAUGGUGGUCGCAGGUGGGCUUGGUCAUGAGCCCUCAGCUUUGGACACAGUUGAGGCGUUUAAUCCUCAUAAAAAGAAGUGGGAACGAUUGGCUCCCAUGAACUUCCCCAGAUGUUCUGCAUCGUCCAUUGUCAUCAGAGACCGCCUCCUAGUGGUGGGAGGAGUUAACCAGGUUCCCAGCUCAGCCCAUGAGAUCCUCUACGUCAAAGAAGAAGAGUAUCUGUAGCCCGACGUGACUGACAGCAGGUGAUUGCUGCAGAUUCAACCUCUUCCUGCCUGGAUGGCCCUCCUGCAGCAGACUCUAGUGCAGUGUUUUUAAAGCACUGAAAACAUUUGACUUAAGCUACAGCAUGCGAUGUAACAGGUAACACUGCCCCCUGCUGGACGUUAUGGAACAACUGACACUUUGGAUUGAGAUUGAGUUACUCUGCAUUUUAGUGCAUAUUUACAGAAGUGGACUGUUUUCUAGCUGUCAUGCCUGGUAUUACAGACAACCCGACAUGCAAGUCCUGUUCUAUGGCAUAUAUGUAUUUCAUCUUUUCAUUUGUGUCCUUGUGUUUAUUUUAUGGGAUUUAGGAACAGUAGAGAAGGUGGAUUUUUUUAUCUUAGUGUGAAGAUGUUCUAGCAAUAUUUGUAGAUUAUUUAAUCAUCUAGAUAAUCCAGGUUUUUUAUCUCACAGCCAAGUACUGUUAACUGUAGUAUUAUGGUCUCAUUUUUUUUAAGAUAAUGUUUUGUUAUAAUGGGAUUUGGAAAAACCAUAAUAUGACUCCUCUGUGGUGUAGCAGUGGCUGUUUGUGAGUAUGAUCAUUUACAUGAUGUUUGCAGACAAAAAGAAAACCUUGCCUGAAAUAAAAUGCUUUGUCCAUUUUAAA